AUGUGAAUAAAUGAUAUUAUUACGUUAUUUUUGGGCUUACUCUUCUUUGUUAGCAUAUUUCUGUAAUUUGCUGCUCUUUUGUUUCUUUCUCUCGAAUUUCUCUCUCUAGAAUCUCAAAGUUUGCCCGUAACCCAUUUAACUCAGGAGAUUCUUGUUAUGCAGUGAGUGGAGUUGAAAGAUUGCGGGGAAGGAGUUUUGGAGUGGGAAAUGGCUGGGAUUGCGAGUGAGGAAGCUGGAGUUGGAAAGUCUGUCGAGGGGUAUUCAAACGGGCAGCGUUGUCAAUCAGGUGAAGCAUUGGCAGAGUGGCGGUCUUCUGAUCAGGUCGAAAAUGGAACCCCAUCAACCUCACCCCCUUAUUGGGAUACUGAUGACGAUGAUGACAAUGAUGGAGGGCCAAAACCUUCUGAAUUGUAUGGAAAAUAUACAUGGAAGAUAGAGAAAUUUUCAGCUGCCAAAAGAGAACUUCGCAGUAAUGCAUUUGAGGUUGGCGGCUACAAAUGGUACAUACUAAUCUACCCCCAGGGUUGUGAUGUUUGCAAUCAUCUCUCUUUGUUUCUUUGUGUUGCCAACCACGACAAACUUCUUCCAGGUUGGAGUCAUUUUGCACAGUUUACGAUAGCUGUGGUGAAUAAAGAUCCAAAAAAAUCGAAAUACUCAGAUACAUUACAUCGGUUCUGGAAGAAAGAGCAUGACUGGGGAUGGAAAAAAUUUAUGGAAUUAUCAAAAGUGUCCGAUGGGUUCAUAGAUUCAUCUGACACACUAAUUAUAAAGGCUCAAGUGCAAGUCAUCAGGGAGAAAGCAGAUCGACCAUUUCGCUGCCUUGAUUGUCAGUACAGGAGAGAACUUGUUAGGGUAUAUCUGACGAAUGUAGAACAGAUUUGUCGACGUUUUGUGGAAGAGAGACGAGGAAAGCUUGGGAGGUUAAUUGAAGACAAAAAUAGAUGGUCAAGCUUUUGUGCCUUUUGGUUGGGUAUGGAUCAAAAUUCUCGGAGGCGCAUGUCUAGGGAAAAAGCAGAUGUUAUUUUGAAAGUAGUUGUAAAGCAUUUCUUCAUAGAGAAGGAAGUUACAUCUACUUUGGUAAUGGAUUCCUUAUAUAGUGGACUAAAGGCUCUUGAAGGCCAAACUAAGAGCAAGAAGGGAAGAAUAAAAUUCGAUGCUGAGGAAAUGCCAGCUCCAAUUGUCCGCUUUGAGAAAGAUACAUUUGUACUGGUAGAUGAUGUGCUGCUGCUACUUGAGAGGGCUGCCAUGGAACCAUUGCCUCCCAAAGAUGAAAAGGGCCCUCAGAAUCGUACAAAGGAUGGAAAUUCUGGUGAGGAUUUCAACAAGGACUCUAUUGAGCGUGAUGAAAGACGCCUUACAGAAUUGGGCCGUAGGACAGUGGAAAUAUAUGUGCUUGCUCACAUAUUCACCAAGAAAAUUGAAACUGCCUACCAGGACGCUGUAUCUCUAAAGAGGCAAGAAGAGCUGAUCCGCGAAGAGGCAGCAUGGCUGGCUGAAAGUGAGCAGAAGGCUAAACGUGGAAUGACUGACAAAGAAAAGAAAUCAAAGAAAAAACAGGCUAAACAGAGACGUAAUAACCGCAAGGGGAAGGACAAAGGAAGAGAGCAAAGGUCUGCUGUAGCGGCAUCAGACAAGCACCAAGAGGAAGAUUCAAGUAAUGAGAAGGAGUCUAUUGUGGUAGAGGAGGUGCAGCCUGCAGUAGAAAAGCCAGAUUUUCUGGAAGAUGUGUCUGAUGUAUCCGACUCAGUGGAUGGUGGUAAUGAAGUAUUGCAUCCAGAUUCAGAAGACAGAGACGUGAGUCCUGUGAAUUGGGAUACUGAUACUUCAGAAGUUCAUCAUCCACCAGAUUCCAGUAGCAGCGAAGUUAGUGGAUUGUCAUCUAUACCAAAUGAAACCAUAGAAAAAAGAAGCACAUCAGCAAUGGAUGAUAGUUCCUCAACAUGCUCUACAGAUUCAGUCCCAUCUGUUGCCACCAAUGGCUCCUACAGGGGAAACUCGUAUUCAAACUACCAAUAUGUCAAAUCUCCCAGCAGAGGGAAGCAUGCACGAGGUAAGGUGGCAAGUGAUGGGAGUUGGACUGUGGAAAUGGAUAGUCAGCUUUCUGGGUCUGCAGAUAAUGCAGAUCUUAAUGAUGUUACUGGAAGUAGUAAGCCUUUGGAAUGUGAGUCUGAAGCUACUGUUCACGCCUCACAAGAUAGAAUUAUUUGGCCUGACCAACCUAUAACUAAGAAGGUUGUGGAUGAAGUUUUGCCACAAAAGAAACCGAGCACCAAAGACUUGGUUGAUGUGGAAAGAUCAUCUAAAGAAAGGGCUGCAACUUUUCCGUCGUCUUCUAGAAGCCCUCCUAGAAGUCCUUCAAAAGAUCUCCAGUCCUCUAUUCAAGCGAAGUUGGAAAACAAGAACUCGGCUACUAUAGAUCUUGUUCAAAUUAAGAAACCGUCUCUAAAUUGCGGACAGCAGCCUGAUAAAGCAGCCUCUACAACUACAACUACAUCCUCGCAUAAUACAGUCUUGUCCAAACCAGAGAGCCUAAAUGCCUCAACUUUGAAGAUGUCGGAGAAGCCAGUUGUACAGCAGCUUCCUCUGAUGUCAAGGCCCUCGAGUGCCCCUUUAACACCUGGUCCCAAAUCAACUGCUCCUGUUGUUUCCAUGGUUCAAACAUCCCCAUUACUUGCUCGUUCAGUAAGUGCAACUGGUCGGCUGGGUCCGGAUCCUUCACCUGCAAAUCAUAGUUAUGCUCCUCUAUCAUAUAGAAAUGCCAUGGUGGGCAACCAUGUUGAGACGAGUUCAGCUGGUUUCACUCAUGCCAACUCUUCUAGUUUGGGAGUCAACAUUCCGUCAACACAUACAUCGACACAUACACAGCCAGCUGCUUUGGUAUCUGGGUCAAUGUUUUUACCCCCGAGCUCCGAUAUGGUAGAGCUGAACUCAGUCCAAUCUGGCUUUCAUUUUGGCAUGGUUGCUCGUGAUCCCGCUGGAUCCCAGCGGGUGGAGAGUCUUCAAGGAGGAGUAACGGAUGAGUUCCCGCAUCUCGAUAUCAUCAACGACUUACUUGAUGAUGAACAUGGUAUCGGGAUGGCGGCCGGGGCAAGCAGGGUUUUCCAGCCUCUUGGAAACGGACCGCACUACUUAAAUCGGCAAUGCUCUUUUCCAGGUGAUGCUAUUUCUACUGACAUGCUCUCCUCAACAAGCAGCUCUUGCAGAUUUGAACGUGCAAGGAGCUACCACGACGGCGGGUUUCAGCGGAGUUACAGUGCGCUGGGGUCUAAUCUCGAUGCAGUGAGGGAAUAUGUUCCCCAGAGUAGUCCAAUGCUGUACGCGAAUGGGCAUGUUGACGGUUUAGGGCAACACCAAUGGCAGAUGACGGCAUCUGAUCUUUCUCGGGUAGGUAUGAGGAAUGUAGAAGGUGACGGUUCUCCGUAUUUCAAUCCGGAUUAUUCGAAUUUGGCAUGCGGUGGCAAUGGAUAUGCAGUAUAUAGACCUUCAAAUGGACAGUGAAGGAGCUGAGAAAUGCAAAGUGGUGAGCAUCAUUAUGUCCGUUGUAAUAAUGUAUUACCUUGGGGAAAUUGUUGGGUUAUAAAAUUGGAGUGAGGCUGUAAUCUUUUUCAUAAGCUAACAUUUUGUAGAGUGUUUCUGCCUUUGCCUAAAUGCAUUUUUAGUUUGCUGUUAUAA